GUAGGUGUUGAUUUCGCGAUGAAAAUUCUAAUAUGGGAUGCUGAUACUUUGUUAAAGUUACAGAUUUGGGACAUAUCAGGUCAAGAUCGUUUUGGUAAUAUGACAAGAAUAUAUUAUAAGGAUGCACAUGGAGCAUUAAUCGUAUUUGAUUCAUCACGAAAAGAAACAUUUAAUGGUGCACUUCGAUGGAAAACCGAUCUCGAUAAUAAGAUUAAUUUAGUAAGUGGGAAUUCAAUACCAACCGUACUUGCUGCAAGCAAAUGUGACUUGGCUUCGACUUCAGUUCUUCAUGAUCGACAAUUAGAUGAAUAUUGUAAAGAACACAAAUUUUUGGCCGCUUUCCGAACAUCAGCAAAAGAAAAUUUCGGUCUAGACGAAGCAUUCAAAUUCCUCGUUGAAAAAGUUAGCUUCGCUUGGCCUUUGCAUUCUUUUUAUUUUCACUUGAAUUGCGAACGAUCCACAAGUAUUUCUGGACAAAUAGCUCCUGGUUUUAUUUUAUAUAACACUAAUUGCCAAUGGAGCUACUUAAAGAAAUGUUUUACUUAUUUUUUUGACUGA